AUGCCUUUUCCGUACAAGAAAGUGCUCGUUGUAGGAGCCACCUCAGGCAUUGGAGAAGCCCUAGCAGCAAAGCUCGUCGAUAAUGGCCACAAUGUCGUUAUAGUCGGGCGACGCAAAGAGAAACUCGAUGCUUUCGUUUCCAAACACGGCUCAGACAAGGCCGAAGCAGCAGUAUUCGACAUCACGAAGCUCGAUCAGAUCCCGCAGUUUGCCACAGACAUCAUCCAAAAGCAUCCAGACCUCGAUUGCGUCCUCCUGAACUCCGGUAUCCAGCGCGGCUUCGACUUCUCCAAGCCGGAAACCAUCAACCUAGACACCAUCAGCGAGGAGUUCAACACGAACUACAUAUCCUUCAUCCACUUAACUGUGGCCUUCCUACCACAUUUGCAGAAGCAGCAGAAGGAGACGUCGCUCAUCUACACCACCUCCGGUCUCGCUCUCGUCCCAAUGCUCCGCUGCGCAAACUACUGCGCCUCGAAAGCGGCGUUGCACCACUUCGUUCUCGUCCUGCGAGAGCAGAUGAAAACCGGGCCGGGAGAUGUGCAGGUAAUAGAGAUAUUCCCGCCGGCGGUGCAGACUGAGCUGCACGAUGCGAAGCAUCAGCCGGAUAUCAAGAACGGUGCGAAGAUAGGCAUGCCCUUGGAGCAGUUUGUGGAGGAGACGUGGGCGGGGCUGGACAAGGGGGAGGAUCAGAUACCUAUUGGGAUGAGCAAGACGGCAUUUGAGGGCUUUGAGCUGAACAGGCAGAAGGCUUUUCACCAGGCCAUCGAACACAUGGCGGAGAUGAUGAAGAAGUUUUCGCAGUAG